GAAAUUCAAGUGGAUUAAGAUGCGUUACUUAGGAGUUAUUGCUCUCGUCGCUUUCCUGGCCAUUUCCGCUGUGAUGGCACAUCCGCCAACAAGCAGUAGCAUUGAACAAGGAUCAGGAUCCGGUAACCGAUCAACCAUUCGUCCUGUACCCAGAUGGCCUAAGUGGGGUGGAAUCGGUCCAGUCAUUUUAAACACUCCCCCCACUCCGUGGCAAUGAACUACGGAAAGAAGUUAAUCUUGAGAAACCACAACGAACCUUUGUUGUUGUCUAAAAAACAAAAUAUCUCCAAAAAUACGCUUGUAAAACUUUCCAUUCAGACAAUUGUUCAAAUACCAAAGCGUAAAUAAAGAUUUCGUAGUAGAUU